ACGAACUCAAUUUUAAUGUUUUCUUCUUCGUUUCGACUGAUUUAUCGAGGAAUAUAAAGAACGAAACAGCCGAAUUCAGAAAAGACAGAACGAGAUCAACCAAUUAAGUCGUAUAGUUAGAAGGGGUGAAAGUUCGCGCAAAAAUGGUAGUCACAUAUGAAUAUAUAUCCACACCCUAUAAAUGCUCACGAACUUCUGGACUCGAUCUCAGUACCUCUGAAAUGUUGCACGUGACCUGAUGCAACUCAAAUUCACCAGCGAAGAACUAUUUUUAAUAAUCCGGAAAAUAGAUAAAAAGGAAUAAAAAUGGAUGAAGCCGUGAUCGAUUCGAUCUUCGCGGGAUCUUUGAAGUCCCUCCCAGCUGUUAGCUCUAAAAUCGUUCGAAUAUUCACAAGUUCCACUUUCACGGAUACGGCGAUGGAACGAAACACGUUAAUGGCCCAAUGUUACCCUAAGCUCAAAGAUUAUUGUAGGGAAAAACAUGGAUUAGAAUUUCAGGUAGUUGAUAUGAGAUGGGGUGUACGAGACGAAGCUACCGACGAUCAUAUGACAACAGAAUUGUGUAUGAGAGAAAUAGAAAAUUGCCAAAGGCUCUCGAUGGGCCCGAAUUUCGUGGUUUUCCUUGGGCAAAAGUAUGGAUAUCGUCCUAUACCGACCUACGUUCGAAGCUCUGAAUUGGAAAUGUUGCGAACGGAGCUGGAAAGUCAAGGAAUGGAUGUUAGUGUCUUAGACAAAUGGUACAAGAAGGAUAGCAAUGCUGUACCAGCGACGAGUAUCUUGCAACCUAUAUCGUCGAUCUUGAAAAAUUUUAAUAACAAAAGAAUACCGAAGUUGCAACAAGAGGAUCAGGCUAAAUGGUGGGACACCAUGGUAAAGAUGCAAAAACUGUUUAGAAAAGGUGCACAGUCUUUGUACAAUGCAGGAAAGUUUGACAAGGAUACGAUGCACAAUUAUUUUAUGUCAGUCACCGAAAGGGAAGUAAUCAAUGGUAUCUUGAACGUGAAAAACACCAAGAAUCACUGUCUGGCAUACAUACGAUACAUAAACAACAUAAAUCUUCAAAAUCUGAGAAAAGCUAGUUUGUUCUUGGACAUCGUCAAUAGAAGUUUGGACAACGAAGCUUCUAAACUACUGGCCAACUUGAGGGACGAAAGACUUCCGGAUAAAAUCGAAAGCACAAAUUUACAAAGAUACACGGUGGAAUGGAUUGGUCGAGAAGGUUUAGAUCCAGAAACGCACAGCGAGUACCUUCAACAUUUUAUUACACACUUCUAUCGAAACAUAGUAAAACUCGUGGAUCGUGCAAUGAGAAAAGAAGACAGUUCGGCACAGGGGCAGAUCAUAACAGAAAUUUUGCAACAUUUACACGCUUGUAAUAAUUCGGUGAAGGUGUUUUAUGGACGAGAAGAUACCUUGGAGAACAUCAAAGAGUACAUGUUGGGAGACAGCGAUAAACCCCUGGUUUUGUACGGAGAAGGUGGGUGCGGAAAGACGUCUUUGUUAGCGAAAAGUGCAGGAUUGACGAGCAGCGUAUGGCUUACCGGUAAAAAGCCAAUUAACAUAAUUCGAUUCCUUGGCACUACACCUGACAGCAGCGCUUUGACACCCACUCUGAUUUCCAUUUGCCAACAGAUCUCCUACAACUUUAUGCUACCCUUUGAAGAGAUCCCUGAUGAUUUAGUACCACUGACAGCCUAUUUCAAAUAUUUACUCACUCUAGCUACCUCCGAACAACCGAUUCUAUUAUUCCUGGAUAGUGUCGAUCAGUUAACUGGAGUGCAAGGGAAUAAGUUAUCGUGGUUACCUACUAGACUUCCGACAAAUUGCAAGAUGAUCUUGUCUUGCGCAGCGGAGGAAUCGAAUCCCGUAAUAUCUCGAGAUUAUCAAUUAUUACGAAGGAUGAUCGAUACCGAGGAAAACUUCAUCGAGGUCGUUGCUUUGGGCGAAGACCUGGCUAUGGAAGUGAUACGAAUGUGGAUGAAAACAGCUCAUAGAGAUCUGAACAAUUAUCAAUGGCGCUUGGUGGCGAACGCUAUAUCGAAGUGUUCCCUGCCGAUUUUCGUAAAGCUCGUAUUCGCAGAAAUCUGCAGGUGGAGGAGUUACACGAAGCCAGCGGAUACUCAUCUGACGUGUACCGUAAUGGAUAGCAUCAUGAUGCUGUUCGAAAGGAUCGAAAAGCAACACGGAAAGAUUUUGGUGUUUCAUGCGUUGGCCUACAUAACCGCUGCUAAGUCGGGAUUAUCGGAAUCCGAACUGGAAGAUCUGAUUUCGUUGGACGACAAGGUGUUGGACGACGUGUACCAGUAUCACUUGCCACCGGUUAGACGAAUCCCACCGUUGCUUUGGACCAGAAUACGUAACGAUUUGCCCAAUUAUCUUAGCGAAAGAGAAGCCGAUGGCGUCAGUGUCCUUAAUUGGUACCACAGACAAUUUAGAGACACCGCCAAGGAGAGAUACUUCAAGAACAUGAACAUGGCAAUGUAUUUCCACUCGAUGAUCGCCGAUUACUACCUUGGCAUUUGGGGAGGUGGACGUCCUAAGCCCUUUAAGUACACCGAGAUUCAAAGACAUCGAUUUAAUUUGGCGGACAAGGAAGGCGUGGCAGAUAGAAAAGUACCCGAACAACCCCUGGCAUUCUACUCGAAAGAUGGCACGAUUACCAGAUAUAAUUUGAGAAAGUUUGGCGAAUUACCCUUUCACUUGGUCAGAUCGCGUCGUUUCAAUGAUCUCUUCGAAAACGUUUUGUUCAACUACGAAUGGCUUCACGCCAAACUCAGUUCUUGUCCGCUGCAGGCAGUGCUAUCAGAUUUUGAAGACGCGUGCAAUUUCAUCGAUAAUCAGAGUAUCGUCAGAGAACUCAUGCUAGUAGCCGACGCGCUCAGAUUAGGCGGUGCAAUCUUGGGUUCUCACCCGGACAUGUUAGCACCUCAGCUGAUCGGCCGAUUGUUGCCAGAAAUCGGGGGAAACGAGAACGUAAAAAUGCUACUACGAGCGUGCGAUAACGACGGCGCGAAAGAUUCUGCUCUACUUCCUGUUUAUCACUGUUUACAUACUCCUGGUGGACCGCUUAAAUAUUCGCUGGAGGGACAUCAAUUCGCCGUAUUUGGAUUUUGUCUGACGUCCGAUUACCGUUACGUGGUCUCGAUAUCCAACAGAUUUAUCACCUGGGAUCUGAGCACCAGCGACAUGACCAGGGAUGUUAAUCCUGGCGUAGAGGGAAUUAUGCAAAACUUGGUCCUGAGCCCUGAUAACAGAUACGCCGCUGCGUUUACGACCAAUAAUCAGGUGUUUAGAGAUAGAUCGAGCGUCGUGUUGAAUACUCUGACCAGCGAGUUCGUCGUCCUCGAUAAUCCACUUCCAAACGAGGAUCCAGUGUGCGGAGUUCACAUGACGAAUCAAUUUUUCUUCGUCUAUGGUAAAUUAGGCUGGUGCAGAUUCGACUUGCGAGGAAAUUUAUUGGAGACUCAUACGAAUCCUGAGGAUUCGAAUAAGUGGCCAAUUUUAUGGGUGGAACAUACGAAUUUAGACGAGUACAGAAUAGUGUUCUGGUCAGGGAACAUAGAGGAAACCAAUAUGUUGUUGCACACUUACAGGAAAAAAGGACUUCUAGAGCCCUUACGUUUUCACAGCGCCUUGGUAAUGACCAACGAUAAGAAAGUUUUGUACGCGUGUACAAGUAACGACGAUUAUCGAGUCACGAAAUACACCAUCGACGAUACCUCUUCCGAAUGGGAAAAGGCUUUCGACAUGCCUAGAGCUUUCAACGAUCACGUCGAGUACCUGUUGCAACUGAAACUGGACAGGGAAGAGGAAAUGCUGCUGGCUACGAGUGCGAAUGGUUUCGUCGUUUGGUUUUUGGAAAGCAAAAGCGAUGCGUAUGUUUUGAUGCUGCCAAACGGAGUCAGGAACAUCAGUACUAAGAUGAUGUGCUCGAAUUCUAUAAUGAUCAGUGGCACUAAGAAUUACGCUGUUGCUGGUGUUAGAAAAAAUUUAUACGUUUGGAGUCUCGAAACAAGGGAGCUGGUAAAGACACUGGAUGCUCAUUUCGCGAGAAUAAUUCAACUGGAAGCAUUGACUGUAGGAAACUGGAAUAGCGUGGUAACGUCCAGUAUCGACAGAAGCGUUAAAGUAUGGAAUAUAAAUAACAUAUUCGAACAGGUUCACGUAAUAGACAGACACGAGUUGCAGAUAGACAUGAUAAGCCUGGCAGAAGAAUGUAAUUUAGCAGCAACGGUAACCAGAGAUUGCGUAGGUAUUUGGGACUUGCAAACAGGAAAGUUGAUUUCCAAAUUAGCCGACAGUCCUUUGGGGGCAAUCGUAACGCAUGCCUGCAUAACGCACGAUGGCAGAUACAUCGUUUCGAUAGAAUCAGGUAAUGUAUUAAUAUGGAACCGGAUUACGGAGCAGGUGUUAUUCAAGGAGGAGCAACAACACGUGAAACAACUGACACUGAUCGAAAAUUCAUCCAAGUUUAUGGCUGUUUCAAGACCUAAGAAUCCUGUUGGAGUAGAAAAUAUGAAAACAACUGCUACACUUUUUAUGAGAACGAUACCUGAUGGUACAACGACGUUCUCGGUGGAAUAUCCAGUCAGAAGUCAAACGAGUACUCCGUUUCGUAAUAUUGUAAUUACUUCUGACAAUUUGUAUCUGAUUGCACCAGCAGCUGAUAAGGGCAACAGAGAUUGCGUUAUCAUAUAUAAUGCAAAAACAGGUGCAUUAAUAAAUAAAAUUCCCGUAAAAGUACCAGGAUUUAAAGAUAUUUUGUGCAUCACUCCAAUGCCAAAUAAACCACAAUGGGUGGGGGUUAUUGGAUCUGAUAAGGGCAUUAUUUUGGACAUAAAUAAGAAGAAAAUUAUCCGAACAAUACCAAAAUGGAGUGGAAACAUCAGCAAAGAUGGAAAAUAUACCUUAUAUGCACCUAGCAGGGGAGGUUUGGAACUUUUAGAGCUAAAGAAAGGUACCACGGUAAAGACCUACAUUCCAAAGGUAGCAGAAGGUGUAUUUACUGUAAUAUCAAUGUUCAAUCGUACAGAUGAAUAUGUUCUAUAUUACCAUAGUGGAAGAAAAACUAUAAGAGUGUUCAGAUCAUCAGACUGCAAGAUGAUAGCAAACUAUAGGGUUCAGGCAGAACUUAGCGCGAUAGACAGCACCUACGAUGGUAAAAGUAUUGUUUUAGGAACAGUAGAUGGGUGCGUGUCUGUUUUAGUCAUAGCAGAUCCUAAAAAGGAGAAGAUGAAAGAGUAUAUAGCAAACUUACCGUCCCGUGAUGAAGAUUGGAAAAGGAAAACUGAAAAACAACGAGCAACUAUUAAAUUCAAAGCUGCUGCUCGAAUUGCUCGUGUAACGCACGAGUUGAAUGCGAUCAUAAGGAAUUCAAAUGUUGCAGAAACAAUCGAAGAAGUAGAUGAAAAUAUUGAAUAAAGAUUAUGGUUAUUAUGUAGAAAACCUUUUCCUGGUUAAAAGAAUAAUGUAGGUAUAAUAAAUGUAAAAUUGCAAUGUUAGAAUUUAUAUUACAUUUAUUUGUGUCUUUUAGUGUAAUUAAUUUUUAUAAUCUUUUUUUCUUUCUCUUACAUUUUUUCUCCGCGUUCAAAAAGUAAAGGGCACGAGACGAAUUCCGUGUUUCGUCGAUGCAAGACGGAUACCCUUGCAUAAAUCAAGUCAUUGUUUCUUUAAAUAACAAUUGUGUAGCUUGUUCUAUGCAAGGGAAUAUGUCCUUUAUCAUCUUGCAACGACAUUAAUUUAAUAACUGAAGACGUCUCGUGCCGACGCAGGCGUGAUCAAGUAUUGAACGUUUAUAUUUUUCGUUUUUUCUUUGUUUGUUUACAAAUUUGACGCACUCGAAAUUACUAUGAUGAGUGAUUUAAAAGAAAUGGUAUUACAGUUUACGAAUGAACGUAAGAUUUCAGUCAAUAUUGAAAUCGGAUGAUUCGCGUAUGAAAAUUUUCGUUGAUCGUUUGUUGUUUUGUCAUUUACGGUAUUAGUUAAAAAGGUUGAACCGUUUCAUACGGGCUUAAAUCAUACCACGAUGACCGAUUUGUAUUUUAAAAACCUGAUACUUGUAUGGCGAUAGAAUCAUGCUACCAUCUUGUAUAUCAGUGAUCUGUAAACAACUAUUAAACGUAUUUUGUAACAAUGUUAAACUAAACUAAAACACACCUGCAUCAGAGCACAUGUACGAACAAUAGUUCCAGCAGAACAUAAGGUUGUAUGGCAGCUUAGAUAAAAUAAACAGCGUCCUUCGUCGAAGACUUUAUGCUCUGUGUUAAAAAUCGAGUACGGUGUGUUUCGUUUCUUUACAAAAUGCUGCUCAUACAAUACAAUCAAUGUAUUUGGUAUUCGUUUUGAAUUUCGAUAAUCCGUUAGCAUUUUCUUUCCACGAAAUGCUCUUUUAUCGAAACAAA